AUGGCAGUAAAGUCUGCAGCCUGUGGCACAUUUGAAGUGAACUUCAACAGAAAAACUGUCAUAAAAGCUAUCGGUCCUUUGCCGGAGCCUCAUACUCUCACUCUCUCAAACCUCGACCUUCUUUCCGGCCGUUUUCCAGUAACAUAUUUUUAUUUCUACCGCAGACCCCUUGUCGAUAAUUUCACUUCCACCAUUGAGUCCCUCAAGUAUUCCCUUGCUGAAACUCUUAGAUAUUUCUACCCAUUUGCUGGUCAGAUUGUUCAAAACCCGAACACCGGUGAGCCUGAGAUCAUUUGUGACAACAAUGGUACCCUUCUUGUAGAAGCACAAGCUAACAUUUCACUAAAAGAACUGAACUUCUACAAUCUUAACCAAUUUCUUCAGGGAAAACUAGUCACUAUCAAUCAUGACUUUCCAUUGCAAAUCCAAGUCACAGGUUACACUUGUGGAGGUAUAUCGAUAACGUUUACAUUUGAUCAUGCACUGGGAGAUGCCAGUGCAUUUAGUAAAUUCCUAGUGACAUGGUCUGAAAUCGCCACAAAGAAGACAAUCUCAUGCUCUCCAGACCACAGUAGACAUCUUCGUGCCCGAGUUCCUCCUACUUACGAUCCAUCCUUAGACCAAACCUUUGUCUCCUGCUCCAUAGAAGACAUAACCAACAUUCCAACACCAAAAAUCUUGCUCAAACGCCUUUAUUACGUCGAUGUUUCAAGUAUCAACAUGUUGCAAAGACUUGCAGAUCUUGAUGGUGAGAAAAGAACAAAAAUUGAGGCUUUCUCGGCUUAUGUCUGGAAGAUUCUGGUUACUGCAAUCGAUAAAAGCCACGAAAAAUGUAUGAUGGGGUGGCUAGUCGAUGGAAGAACUAGGUUGCUUAAAGAUCAGAACUCCAUGAGCAAUUACAUUGGAAAUGUAUUGUCUCUGGCUUUUGCGGAGGCAAGGGUGACUGAAUUGAAGCAAGGGUCUGUAAAAGAAGUUGCCCAGAUUGUCCAUGAAGCCAUUAACAAGGUAACUACUGAAACUCAUUUCUUGGAUUUGAUCGAUUGGAUCGAAUGCCACAGGCCAGGAUUGAUGCUAUCGAAGAUUGUUUUAGGCCGCGGGGGCCCUGCCCUAGUGGUGUCAUCAGGAAGAAGGUUUCCGGUGGCUGAAUUGGACUUUGGUUUCGGGAACCCAGUGGUGGGCACUGUCUGUUCUACCAUAGAGAAGAUUGGAGUCGGGUAUAUGAACCAAAGGCAAAGUGCAAGGGGUGAUGGUUCUUGGACUGUGUCUGCAAUCUUGUGGCCAGAGAUGGUUGCUGCAUUAGAAUCAGAUCCUGAUCAUGUUUUUCAGCCCAUGGAUGCAAAUCAUUUACAGCUUUAGCUCUUACCUGUAUUGUUCAGAACAUGCAAGAAGUUGAGCAUUUUAUAACGUGAGCAUUUCCCACUAGAAAAGGAUCAAUAUAAUGUAGCCGAACAUAUAUAGAUUAAACCUUUGAAAUUACUGUAAAUUAG